AAUAUUCAUCGAUUUUUUUCUCAAUUUUUUUUUUGUUUGUUUUGGGAAUUCGUGCGCGGCUGUGCAGAGGCCAAACCCACCCGUGUACUCCAUCCGUCAGAUCGACCAAUUUCAUCUCUCUCUCUCUCUCUUCUUUUAUUCUUUCUUUCUUUCGAACAAAUUCCUCUGUUUCUCUUUUAGGGUUUCUCGAAUUUUGACGCUUUCUCUUAAAAGGGUUGACGGAAUAACCCUUUAAGGGAAAGGUAGAGGAAGACACGAAGGAAAAGGAAGAGGUUGAAGAAGAAUUCGAACAAGAAGAAGAAGAAAAAGAAACGAAUUCCCGUCUCUUAACCUUUGAGUUUCUCUUUUUUUUUUUGUUCUUCCUCUUCCUCGAUUUCUUCUUCUCGGAUUAUUCCCAAAUAAUUCUCCGUGUUAUUGGGCAAACAAAGAUUCUCGCUUUGGCUGUGAAUUUCGCCUUUCUCUUUGUUCGUUUCCUUCAACCCCCUUUCUCUGAUUCUGCUGCGUUUAACAUGACAUCUGCAAAACCCUACACUUUUGCGGACGCCAUUGUUGAAUCUGACCAACUCCCUUCCCUUCCUUCUCCUGGAUAUUGCUUGUUCUAGCCGAGCCCAGAGACUUUUUUGAGGAAUUUCACCUUCUUUUUUUUUGCGCGUAAUCGAACAUUAGAUGGGUUGUGUUCAAUGCAAAUGCUGUAGCCGAUAUCCAUCGUCAUCAUCAGAAGGGGAUUCUCGGGGACAUGGAGACGCCAAGGAGCUCAAGGGCAAAGACGGCGUCGUUCAGAAACCUCUCGUAUCAUCAAUCCAGGUUCCUUCCCCCAAUUUCGAAAUGGUCUACUCUGUGCUAUCUCAACGAGGCUAUUACCCAGACUCUCCUGAUAAGGAGAACCAGGACACUUACUGCAUCAAGACCGAGCUCCAAGGCAACCCAAACGUUCAUUUCUUCGGCGUCUUCGACGGCCACGGCGUCUUCGGUACGCAGUGCUCCAACUUCGCCAAGGAGAGGGUCGUGGAGAUGUUAUCCGAAGACCCAACCUUGCUCGAGGAUCCAGAGAAGGCUUACAAGUCUGCUUUCCUGAGGGUGAACGAGGAGUUACACGAUAGCGAGAUCGACGACUCGAUGAGCGGUACCACUGCGAUCACGGUCCUUGUCGUUGGGGAUAAGAUAUAUGUUGCCAAUGUAGGGGACUCGAGGGCGGUGCUGGCUGUUAAAGACAGGAACCGGAUUCUAGCGGAGGAUUUGUCUUACGACCAGACCCCUUUUAGGAAAGAUGAAUGCGAGAGGGUGAAGGCUUGUGGGGCGAGAGUUCUGAGUGUGGAUCAAGUGGAAGGGCUGAAAGAUCCGAAUAUACAGACGUGGGCAAGCGAAGAGAGCGAAGGAGGAGACCCGCCUAGACUUUGGGUACAGAACGGGAUGUAUCCUGGGACAGCGUUCACGAGAAGUGUUGGAGACUGUACAGCCGAGAGCAUUGGAGUCACUGCAGAACCAGAGGUGUCGAUGGUUCAUCUUUCGCCCAACCAUUUGUUCUUUGUUGUUGCGAGCGAUGGGAUUUUCGAGUUUCUUCCAAGCCAAGCUGUUGUUGAUAUGGUGGGGAGAUACGCAGAUCCGCGCGAUGGAUGCGCAGCAGCUGCAGCGGAAUCAUACAAACUAUGGUUGGAGCAUGAGAAUAGGACAGAUGAUAUCACAAUUAUCAUUGUACAGAUAAAAAACCUGUGUAAUGUUGAAUGAUUCAUAUCCCUAUUUGCCCCUUUGUUUGUUUAUGUACUCUUUAUGUCCCAGUUUCAUCUAUAUAGCAAGUAAAAAAAAAGUAAUGCUCUCUCUCUCUCUCGCUUUCGUGUAUGAGCUUCUUUAUACCAAACUAAAACAUGUGUUUACUACGUUAUUUGCUCC